AAUAUAUUUUGACAGAACAAUAACCGGUCUUUGUUUUGUUUCACAAAUUUCGUUUGCUUUUAUUAUUCCUCUUUAUAAUUCGAAGGUCGGAAUUUUCGAGCAAAAAUAAAACAUUAUGAAAUUCCAUGUUCAAUCAAGUUUGAUUGUAAUAUUGUCGUGUGUACUGAUAUUAGAAGCGACCCUAGCACCACCCGACAAAAAUAAGAAAUCAAAACCAGCAAAAGAGUUGAAAAUAAAUAAAGGUCCUGUCGAUAGAAAUGUACACGAUCGAAAUUUGGUGAUUGACGAACCCACGUCUGAAUCAAUACUCAAAGAAAGUGCAACGUAUUAUAAAAACACUUCGGCAAGACUGUUCGAUGGUCCGACACUGGGAUUUGUCACACCAUGGAAUAACCAUGGCUAUAACGUGGCAAAAACUUUUGGAAGCAAAUUCGAUAUUAUAUCACCAGUAUGGCUACAAGUCUUGCACAAAGGAAAGCAUAAGUAUGAAAUUGGUGGCACUCAUGAUGUUGAUGCAAAAUGGAUUCAAGACGUACGCAGAGCCGGACCGCCGGGGAAAAAGGUGUUGCCACGUGUCAUGUUUGAAAAAUUCAGCGAAAAUGAUUUCUCGCAUGUUUUAAUGUAUGAAAGUGCACGAGAUGAAAUUGCUGAGUUAUUGGUUCAAGUGUGCAAAAAUCCCAAGCAUAAGUUCGAUGGAAUCGUCCUUGAGGUUUGGUUUCAAUUGGCUGGCCGUGUACAAGACAAGCACUUACUACGUCUUGUCGAGCAUUUGGCCAAGGUGCUUCAGAUGAAUAAUUUGAUGGUGGUGUUGGUGGUGCCACCACUUCGUGAUCAAAUGGAUUUCUUUACGCAAAAACAUUUUGAAGCAUUGUAUCCAUUGAUGAGCGCGUUUGCUUUAGUUACUUACGACUACUCGAACAUUGAACGACCCGGCGCCAAUUCGCCGAUAAAAUGGAUUCGGCGGGCGGUUGAACACAUUUGCCCAGACACCAUUCCAAAUUACCUCGAGAAGCGUCAAAAAGUGUUGAUUGGAAUGAAUAUGUAUGGAAUGGAUUACACCUUAGGAGGAGGCGGUCCAAUAACGGGGAGACAAUUUUUGGAUUUAUUGAAGAUGUACAAAGGAUCUCUCAAUCAUGCCGAAGAAGACGAGGAGAAUUACUUUGAAUUUAAGAAACCAAGCAAGCAUCUCGUAUUCUAUCCAACAUUGUACUCUAUAAACAAACGCAUCGAAUUGGCAAAAGAGCUGAAUACUGGUCUAUCUUUGUGGGAAAUUGGUCAAGGUUUAGAGUACUUUUAUGAUCUUUUCUAAACAAAACGAAAUACAAAUUUUGCUUCAAUUUUUUCUUUAUUCGAAUAAUUAAAAAAAAAACAAUAUGCACGACAUUCCAACGAAAUCGUGAUUCACAUACACACAAAGUUAUCGAAAUUUAAAGAAAAAACAUUGAAAAAUUCUAAAAUAUUUGCAAAGAAAAUAAACAACGAUAACAGACAAAGACUGCGCAAAAAUAAAAUCGCACGAGUAUUUUUUAUCAGAGUAACGAAUGUCAAAACCUCAAAUUUAUCUCUCUAGUCGAUUGAAAUAAAGUAACACAUGCACAUGCCAAAAGUGACA